AUGGCGAUUUCCCGCGCGGCCGCUGAUGAAGACAAGUUUCGAAAGAUGAUCGCGCCAACUGUCAGGUCAUCGUGCGCACUCCUCCCCCGCGAGACCACGAUGUCGCCCGCGGGCGCGGACGACGACCCGUCCAAGUACCUCGGCCGGCGCGUCGAGGUCCACUGGGCGAACGACGACCCGCCGACGUGGUACCCCGGCGUCGUCGCGCGAUACGAUCCGCGGAGGAAGGACGCGCGGUAUCGCGUCGACUACGACGACGGCGCGGACGAGUGGGUCGACUUCCCGGAGCCGACCGUGCGGUUCUUAGACCCGGAGCCGGCGCCGGAGCCGGCGGCGACGUCGCCGGCGAAGAGGAAGAUGACCGUCGGCGUGAAGCGCGCGGCGCCGUCGACCGCGGCGUCGCCGCGCGCCGAUCCGAUGAUCGGCGACGACAUUAGCGUGCCGAUCGUCGCCAGCGCGAAGAAGGGUACGUGUAAGGGCGGUGCCGACGCCGCCGGCGCGAAGAAGAGACGCCCGGCCGCCGCCUCGGGGAAGAAGAGAGCGAAGGCGAAGGCGAACGACGACGGCGACGCGGCCGUCGUCGACUCCAAGUGCGACGAGUCGCUGUGGACGCGAGCGGCGCGCGCGACGACGGCGUCGCCCGACGGCGCGCUGAUGCCGUCGACGCUGAAAGUGCUCGAGACGUUCGCCGGCGCCGGCGGGUUACACAUGCACGGCGACGCCACCCACGGGCCAUCCGGCGUCGCCGUCGCGCUCGAGUCCGUCGCCGCGAUCGACAUCGUGAAGGACGCGUGCGACACGUAUUCGCACAACUUCCCGGGCGUGAACGUGAUGCACAUCGGCAUCUCGCGGUGCCUGGCGACGGCGCGGCGGCUGCAACGCUUGAAGACGCGCGACUGCGACGCGCGUUGCGACGGCGAAUCGUGCGCCUCCGCGCCGCACGAGCCCGUCGGCGAGCUCGAAGACGUGAACGACGACAUCACGCGCGUGUUAGACUUCCGCAUCACGGACGACGCGACGCACAUGCGCGAGGAGGACGUGCGGCGGAUCAAAGGGAACAAGAAGGGGUCGUCCACGAAGGACAAGCAGAUGUUGGACGAGGUGACGGCGCUGGAGGUGACCGGGAAGAAGCCGCUGCCGUGGAUCGAGUGGCUCGUGGAGAACCACCGCGGGGACACGUGGUGGGAGCGGGACUCGAGCGAGGGGCGGCUCGAGCACGGCGCGCGGGUGUACAUGCGCGCGGACGAGCACCCCGAAGUGUACGAAGAGUUCGCCGAGUUUGAUGAAGGGUCGGACUUUGAAGAAUGCGAAUACGCGCCGUUCGGACCGCACAAGUUCCCGCUCCCGGGAGACGUGCACGUCGUCACCGGCGGGCCGCCGUGCCAGGGCUGGAGCGGGUUCAACCACACGAGGAGCACGUCGGACCAGCUCGCGGAACUCAUGGAGCACCCGGAGAACAGGCUCAUCUGUCGGUUCAUGUAG